AUGGCACAAAACUCUCAAGGUAUUCAAACACUGCUCGAGGCCGAGAAGGAAGCAUCCAAGAUUGUUGCAAAGUCCCGUCAGUAUCGAGUACAGCGUCUAAAGGAUGCUCGUCUUGAAGCAUCCAAGGAAAUCGAGGCUCUCAAGUGCCAGCAAUCCAUUCAGUUUCAAAAGUUUGAGCAGCAGUUUUCCGGUGACUCGGACGAUUCCGUCAUCAAGGCACAACAGCAAACCGAAGAGUCUUUGGUUGAAAUUAAUGCUGCUGUUCUUAAAAACAAAGGUGCUGUUAUUGAUAAGCUUUUGUCCACUAUCGUCAAGUGCGAGCCCAAGAUUCACGUCAAUGCUCGCGUUGGAAAAGCAUAACCAUACUAAUACUUGCCGAGUUCAUUCCUUGGUUUCCGUUGAAAGAAAAUUCUUAUUGGUUUCUUUGCAUUUUCAUAUGGAAACUGACUGUCUUGACCACCAAUUUGGAACGAGUUUACUUUACAAUGAGAAAAUAAAGACUUUCAAAUGUGGC